AUGGCUUCUGCCGGUGGUCUGACGCGCCGUCGCGGAGGCGUUCGUUCAAACACAGACGAUAAUAAUGAAGGCAGUCGGGUCGCCUCACCGUCCCCGUUAAACGGAUCUUCCUUCGACAGUCGCGUGCCGGAAACAUCCUUCACAGGCGAAAAUGGACACAAGAUCGCCUUUGAUCCACGGGAUAUCAGUGAAAGUGAUGAGAGGAAUAAGCAACCUAAGCUCACACUAAUGGAAGAGGUGCUUCUGAUGGGUUUAAAAGAUAAGCAGGGAUAUCUAUCUUUCUGGAACGAGAAUAUUUCGUACGCCCUACGAGGUUGUAUCGUUAUCGAAUUAGCAUUUCGCGGCCGCAUUAGUAUGCAAAAGGACUCGUCGAGACGACGCUUUCCACUUGCUGACCGGGUAAUCGAGGUCAUCGAUGAUACGCUGACUGGAGAGGUCUUGCUGGACGAGACGUUAAAAAUGAUGAAGUCAAGUGAAAAGAUGAGUGUCAGCUCUUGGAUCGAUCUCCUGAGUGGCGAAACAUGGAACCUUAUGAAAAUCGGUUAUCAAUUGAAACAAGUCCGAGAACGACUAGCAAAGGGCCUGGUAGACAAAGGCAUCCUCCGCACUGAGAAACGCAACUUCCUCCUUUUCGAUAUGGCCACCCACCCCGUCGCCGACACUGGUGCCAAAGACGAAAUCCACAAACGAGUCCGCAACAUCUGUAGCAAUCGCACUGUUAUCCUCACCCCAAACCAGUUCCUCCCCGAGGACAUUGAAUUUAGAUACCUCCGGACAAUCACGAUGGUUUGUGCAGCGUAUGCUGCUAACGUCCUUGAAAAUGCGCUGGUGACUAUGGGCCAUGAGGCGCGGGAAAGAGCCUUUGCACAGGUUGAUGAACUGUUGUCGGAAUAUUCGCAGUGGCCGUUUGCGCGGCGGGCGGGCGGCGGUCAGGGUAUUGGCGCGAAUUUGGCUCAAGAGGUAAAUGAGGAAGUUGAUAAGGCGAAGGAUAAAGAGCUUCAACUAGAGGUGAUAGCAGCCUGUCUGAGCGUAUUUACUCGCCUGGAUUCCCUUCUCUGA